AUGGGGGGAAAACAGAGCUCCACUAGGGCCUGCGAUGCAGGAGGAGGCCCUGGGGUGGGCCCCUUGGGGCCCCCCCUGGCGGGGGGCUCAGGAGAAGUGUUGCUAAGGGAAGCAGAGCAGCUUUCUGCUUAUAUUGAAGGAGGUGGGAGUUCAGGGGAGAAGCAGCAGCUGAAUUUUUCUUGGGGGGAGAAGGCGCAUGUGCUGCCUGCACUGCGUCGUUUGCUGCUGUCUCCUUGCAAAGAAAGAGACACAAUUAAAUACGCUAUUGAUUCAAUUCUCCCUCCUUCUUACACUCCUAUAAGCGAAGAAGACCCCCAUAUACUUGCGGGGUGUAGAUGCAGUAGCAGCUUCUCCUGUCUUUUGGAGUUGCUUACGGCCUACAAGUUAGGUAAAACAGAAUAG